GAGGCGGUCCUCAUCAAGAGUCUAAAAUAAGAAAAGUUUUAGUCAGUUUUUUGUUGUGUUAUUCCUGAAUCUAGUUGGGACAUUAUAUUCUGUUUAAAACUAUGGCUUCUUCCGAUGUCGCUCGGCAGCCGCAUAAGGCAGUUCGGCCCCUAUCCCUGGCCGGCCAUGUGGGCUUUGAUAGUCUCCCAGAUCAGCUCGUCAACAAAUCCAUCUGCCAGGGCUUCUGCUUCAAUAUCCUCUGCAUCGGUGAGACCGGUAUUGGCAAGUCUACCCUGAUGGACACUCUGUUCAAUACCAACUUUGAGAACUUUGAGUCGUCCCACUUUGAGCCUCAGGUGAAGCUGCGGGCUCAAACCUAUGACCUGCAGGAAAGUAACGUCAGACUACGCCUCACCGUGGUGAACACGGUGGGCUUUGGAGACCAAAUGAACAAACAGGAGAGUUAUCAGCCGGUGGUGGACUACAUCGACAGACAGUUUGAGAGUUAUCUGCAGGAAGAGCUCAAAAUCAAGCGCUCCCUUCACAACUACCAUGACUCACGAGUCCACGCCUGCCUGUACUUCAUCUCCCCCUCCGGUCACUCACUCAAAUCCCUGGACCUGGUCACCAUGAAGAAACUGGACAGCAAAGUGAACAUCAUCCCAGUCAUCGCCAAAGCUGACACCAUCAGUAAGAGCGAGCUGCACAAGUUCAAAAUCAAAAUCAUGAGCGAGCUGGUCAGCAACGGUGUCCAGAUCUACCAGUUCCCCCUGGAUGAUGAGACAGUAGCCAAAGUCAACACUACAAUGAAUGGUCAUUUGCCAUUCGCUGUGGUCGGCAGCACAGAGGAAGUCUCUGUUGGAAAUAAGAUGGUGAAGGCUCGCCAGUAUCCCUGGGGUGUAGUACAAGUGGAGAAUGAGAACCACUGUGACUUUGUGAAGCUGAGAGAGAUGCUGAUCUGUGUAAACAUGGAGGACCUGAGAGAGCAGACACACACUCGACACUAUGAGCUGUACAGACGCUGCAAACUGGAGGAAAUGGGAUUCAAAGACACCGACCCAGAGUGCAAACCUGUCAGUUUGCAGCAGACUUAUGAAGCCAAGCGUCAGGAGUUCCUGGUGGAGCUGCAGAAGAGAGAGGAUGAGAUGAGGCAGAUGUUUGUGCAGAGGGUGAAGGAGAAGGAGUCUGAGCUGAAGGAGGCUGAGAGAGAGCUGCAGAGCCGUUUUGAGCAGCUCAAGCGCCUCCAUGCAGAGGAGAAGUCGGCUCUGGAGGAGAAGAAGAGACUCCUGGAUGAUGACCAGAGUUCCUUCAGCAAGAGACGUGCUGCUGCUCAGCUGCUGCAGGCUCAGAGCCUCACCGCCAACGGCAAGAAGGACAAAGACCGCAAGAAUUCUGGCUUCAUGUGAAGACUUCUGGAUCUGAAGUAAAUUCCAGUGUGACCUGUGACAUUCAGACCUGUCACAUCCUUUCCAGCUCUUUGUGGCCAGUCUCAAACACUAACCAGGAAAGCCCCACACAUACACAAAUACACACACCAGCAGUGCGUGCGAGUUUGUUUUUCGUGCCAAAGUUAAGAUGACUGUUCCCAAGACUCCUGCGCACACUUUCCUCUGUGUUAUUUUUAAUCUUCUUUGUGGGUUUUAUACCUCUUUUGUGUAAUAUUUUAUAUUUAUCCUUUCAUUUUUAUAUCAAGUGUUUAUUUUCCAUAUACCUCCUUUUUUUGUAACAUUUUCCCAGACUGAGGGACUUCUCAGUGAAUUGAUUUUAACUACAGCCUCCACACUAGAUCCUGCACACAGAUUAAAGCACCUGGAUAGCUAUUAACAAUACAGAAAGUAAGAGACACUCUAGUCUCUAGUGAAUUAUAAAAUCACACUUUUCUAAUGCACCAUUCAAGUUUUUGAUAAUGAGACAGUUAGACAUCCAUAACAUGCUGAUAAUUUAUUAUAAAACCAUAACCAGGUUUUUAAGUUUGGUAGCAAUUUUACAUGUUGGUCUGAUGCCUGAACAAUAAUAUCACACUAAGAUUCUGACUCCGUCUCACCUACUAAACUAAAUGUUUGGCCUUCUGUGAUCACUGUAAUACAUUAUUCCUGUAAUUAUCAUGCCCAAUUUACCAAGAACAGAAAAUUAGUUUAAAUCAUGAAAUACUACUAAAUGAGCCAAUUUAGAUUUGUAUGAAAUAUGUUAUUGUUCAUAUAAUUCCAUCAGUGUUUUAUUCAUAUCAAAGGUUUACAGUCUGGAUAUCCAGCAAAACACUGUAUACAGCACAUCACAACCCAUCUGCUAUUUUGAACUAUGCUAGUUUCUAAUAAAUGUUGACACUAUCUACAGGAGUUGGUUAGAUGAGUUGUCCCUAACGCUGGCCAUUCAUUAAACCACAGAGAGAAAAACAAUCAUUUAAUGGCAGAAAUAGUUUUAAAAUCAUCGUCUGCGUUGAGAAUGACAGGAAGCUUCGUGAUCCUCACUGUACGUGUAAUCGUCUUACCAUGUACAUGUUUGAAUGCCAGAAAGCCAUGACUUACUAAAAUAAUGACAGGAACCAUGUCUGAAAACUGUGUUAAGUGAUCAUUUCUGAAUCUAGUGCAUUUAUCAUCAAGAGUUGUCAUAACCUUUUCUGUAUUAUCAUUAUAAGGUCAGACAUUGUUGUCAUAUCUGGUUUGGUUUCUUUUACCUGCUAUAAACCAGUGUUAGAAAAAUCAGCAGGAGCCACACUGAUCCUCCUCUAGUUGUUCCAAAGGGAAAGUUAUUUCCAAACUUUUUCUCUCCUAUGACAGUUUUACGGUUUUUCUUGGAGGUUGAUGUUUUGUUUUGGAUUAGGUACAUGUUACAGUACAUAUAUAUAUUUAUAUAUAUAUAUAUAUAUUGUGUUUUACUUGCUCCCUUAUUUUAUUCCUACUGACACAAACUGUUAAAGUUUGCAAUGCAGUCUGUCUUGAAAAGAGCUGACUCAUGGAAAAAUAAUGCAUUAUGGAUUCAGUGUUUGUGGAGGUGGAGGAAGAGGAGAGAGGAAGAUGCAUUUAUUUAACUAUUUUUAAACUUCACUUCUCUCUGGAGUCAUGAUUAGACAGGGAUUCACUCCUCAUUCCAUUUAACAGUACAGUGGUGCUGGUUUCCAGUAAAAGUGUGAUAUUUAAACCGCCAUUUACUCACAAACACUGCCAAUUUAUAUUUACACUAGUGCUUAAGAUGUGUUAGUGCCUUACAUGUGUGCUUACUAUAGAAAUACACUAUCCACUAUUAACUUGUACAUCCAGGGAAACACAACGAUGCCUGAUGGAGUGAAGUAGUUUUUUCAAAGACACAUUUGUACUACACUUAUAUUUAUGGAAUAAACAGUGUUACUUGGGAGCCUUUAUCCUUCUUUCUAAAUAAAUCUUUGUAUUUUUGUC